AACAGUAUCGGGGGGAGGAUAAAUCGGUAUGGACAUGAUCACUUCCUAUUGCCUACAAUUAACAACACAAGAACAGAGGAGUUCACUGCGUCCUCUGAUGCUCCUUCGCUGUCCACGUAGGAUGGCGUCCUACGAGGAGGCGGUAGGUCCAUGUGUGGUCUCGUUUGAUUGGCCCCAUUCCGGCUAGCUUCAUCGAUACGCGACUCGACGCAGGUGGCUUCCUCACCUUCAUACGCCACUCUGGGAUCUGUGGAAAAUGGCCAACAUCGGACGUGCGCCGAAGGCGGGCGAUGACUGGACUCCGAAUGACCUCCUGGCUUACAACAUCCGAAUUAUCUAUGAAGACAGUACAAGUUUCUUCGAUACGUCGCAUCUGUCUCUUCCUCAGGGCGAUCAUGUUAAAGAGGUCCUCAGUGUGCCGGAUGCCUCUACCGCGGAGCACGACGAUUCCUAUACAUUUCUCCGUACCAUGGAGCUUGCCAUGACCCCUCGAGGCUGCAACGAGGAAUUUGCCGUCGUCGAUUUUGUUGUUGCACUGUUCAGGCUUCUCGGUUUCGUUGGCCGAGCUGCGGGUAGAAUCACUAGGACGAGGAAGGACCUGCCGUUCUGGAUAUGCGGUCAGGAGAGACAUGCCAUGGCGGAUGUCUGUAUCGUAGACGACGCCAACAUCACACGCUUUCUCGUUCAAGAAGACAAACGGCAUGCGGAUCACCCCGAUUCAGAGCCUCAGCUCAUUGCGGUCGCUGUCGCUGCCUUCUCCAACAACAAUCACGCACGCAUCCGCUGUCUCGGCGCAAGCGCACUCGCCAGCGAGGUCAUAUGCGGGAUUAUAAUGAAGGGCACGAUGCCUACGUUCUACAGGAUCCCCAUCACCCUCGACCUUGUUCGUGCUGUUCAAAUGGGCGAAUAUCCCGCACGAGAGACAGUUGUCUUCGCUCAUGUACCUGCAGUGCCGCGGCCGGCUCGCCGUUACAUCGAGGGUAUGACCCCCUUGGACAAUCGCGCCGUCGUCCUCGCGUGCUUCGAGGAGAUCAAACAUUGGCAGUUCCUCUGAGGUACCAUCUUGCUCAGAGCUCAUCACUGCAUAGCCGGAUGUAUCAUGGUAACCACACGAUGCGAUCAUGUCGAGUCGGGUUGGAAGUGCGCAUCCCGGCAUUGUGAUUGUGCUUCUGCCAACAGCGAGUAGUACAUCGU